AUGGAGAUAUUGCAGAUUGAGAAAGCAUUUGCAGGGAUAUUGAAGAAAGCUCGGGAUAGUAAGCUUACUAUAAAUGACUUGACCGGUGGAAGCUUUACAAUGAGCAACAGUGGGGUAUGGGGAUCGCUCUUCGGGACCCCGAUUAUCAAUCUACCCCAGACAGCAGUGCUAGGGACAUAUGAUACCAUGGAUAGACCCACCGCAAUAAUGUACGUUGCUCUGACUUAUGAUCACCGGAUCAUUGAUGGACGGGAAGCAGUUCAAUUCUUGGUUAUGAUUAAGUAG